GCGGAAAGUAUGGCAGGAAACUUCUGGCAAAGCUCGCAUCAUCAGCAGUGGAUACUGGACAAGCAGGAUCUGAUACGGGAGAGGCAGCAUGAUCUUAAAACGCUCUCCGAAGAAGAGUACCAGAAAAUUUUUAUGUUCUUUGCCAACAUCAUACAGGUGCUGGGAGAGCAGCUGAAGUUGCGCCAGCAGGUCAUCGCUACGGCCACCGUGUACUUCAAGCGUUUCUAUGCUCGCAACUCGUUGAAGUGUAUCGAUCCGCUGCUGCUGGCACCCACCUGCAUACUGCUUUCCUCGAAGGUGGAAGAGUUUGGCGUGAUUUCCAACUCGCGCCUCAUCACCACCUGCCAGACGGUGAUCAAGAAUAAGUUCAGCUACGCCUACCAGCAAGAGUUCCCGUACCGCACCAACCACAUACUGGAGUGUGAAUUUUAUCUGCUCGAAAACCUGGACUGUUGUUUGAUUGUGUACCAACCGUAUCGUCCGCUGCUGCAGCUAAUGCAGGACAUCGGGCAGGAGGAACAGUUGCUUACCCUUACCUGGCGACUGAUUAAUGAUUCCCUGCGAACGGACGUGAGUCUUCUGUAUCCACCGUAUCAGAUCGCGAUAGGUUGUCUGCAGAUAGCAUGCGUCAUUCUGCAGAAGGAGUUAAAAUCCUGGUUCGCCGAGCUGAACGUCGACAUGGACAAGGUGCAGGAGAUUGCACGUGCUAUAGUGAACUUGUUCGAACUUUGGAAAGGAUACGACGAGAAGAAGGAAAUACAGGCUCUGUUGGAAAAAAUGCCAAAACCAAAGCCUCAUCCACAGCGGUGAUUCGUCGAUCGACAACAGUGUGC